CUCGGUGCCAUGUGUAUGAUGCAAUAGUUUCGCAAUCUGAAGCUGAACAACCGUAAGCUGUGGACGGUCAUUUACAAAGCUCGAGCAACUGAACAUUUGCAUUCAAGUUCUAGAGUCUUGUGAAACAAGAGUAACAACUCAACAUGGCUACACCUAGUACAGUUGAGGAGAAAAUGGAUCUGAUUACCAGAAAUUUGCAGGAGGUCCUUGGCAGAGACAAGUUGGAGUCAUUUUUGAAGGAAGGGAAGGAUAUAGCGGUCUACUGGGGCACCGCCACCACCGGAAAGCCCCACAUUGCCUACUUUGUGCCCAUGAGCAAGCUAGCGGAUUUCCUAAGAGCAGGAUGUCAGGUGACGAUCCUGCUUGCCGAUCUCCAUGGUUACCUAGAUAACAUGAAAGCCCCAUGGGAGCUGCUUGAGCUCAGGACCAAGUACUAUGAGCAUCUCAUCAAGGCCAUGCUGGAAUCCAUUGGGGUACCGAUAGAGAAGCUUAGGUUCAUCAGAGGAACAGACUACCAGCUUAGCAAGGAGUACACCUUGGACGUCUACAGACUCUCUUCCGUGGUCACCGAGCACGACGCCAAGAAGGCAGGAGCCGAGGUGGUCAAGCAGGUAGACCACCCCCUUCUCAGUGGUCUGCUCUACCCGGGGCUCCAGGCGCUAGAUGAGGAGUACCUCAAGGUCGACGCUCAGUUUGGAGGCGUCGAUCAGAGGAAGAUCUUCACCUUUGCAGAAAAGUACAUGCCUCAACUUGGUUAUGCAAAGAGAAUACAUCUCAUGAACCCUAUGGUGCCAGGCUUGACAGGAACAAAGAUGAGCUCCUCAGAAGAGGAUUCAAAGAUUGAUUUACUGGACGAUGCUGCAGCAGUGAAGAGAAAGAUCAAGAGGGCAUUCUGUGAACCAGGCAACAUUGAGAACAACGGAGUCCUGUCCUUCGUCCAGUAUGUGCUCAUGCCUAAUAUGAAGACGGACUUGGUGAUCGAGAGAAAAGAAGAGUUUGGAGGAAGCAUUGGUUUUGCUACGUUUGAAGCGCUUCAAGAGGCCUUUGGCAAAGGGGACAUUCAUCCAGGUGACCUGAAGGCUGCAGUGACCAGGGAACUCAACAAGAUCCUGGACCCCAUCAGGCAGAAGUUCUCCAGUCCAGAGCUCAAGAAACUCACCGCGCAGGCCUACCCUCCACCACCAAAGAAAAAGGGAGGAGCAGCAAAAGGCGGAGCAGGAGGAGGAGCAGCGGCCACUGAAGAGAUCAUUCCAUCAAGGCUAGAUCUUAGAGUCGGCAAAAUCAUCUCGGCAGAAAAGCAUCCAGAUGCAGACUCUCUCUACUUGGAGAAGAUCGAUGUCGGUGAGGAGCAGCCUCGGACGGUCAUCAGCGGUCUGGCGGGUGUGGUGCCUCUAGAGGACCUCCCUGACCGCAUGGUGGUCAUGUUAUGUAACCUCAAGCCACAGAAGAUGAGGGGGAUAGAGUCACAGGCGAUGCUCAUGUGUGCUUGUUUAGAGGACCCUAGACGGGUCGAGCCCCUUAGCCCACCAGAGGGCAGUGCACCAGGCGAUCGCGUCUUCUUUGAAGGCUACGAGAACAACACCCCAGACGAAGAACUCAAGCCCAAGAAGAAGGUGUUUGAAAAGAUUCAGGUUGACCUGAAGACAUCUGAAGAUGGAACAGCUCAAUGGCAAGACAAACCUUUCCAGACCAAGCUAGGCGUCAUCAAAGCGCCUACACUCAAGAAAGCUUCAAUACGUUAAAAUGUUCUCUCUCUCUCUCUCUACAUUCUAACAUUCUCUCUAUUACAUUUCUUAGCAUUGAAGAUACCGUCAAACCUGUCUAUAGUGACCGCCCAAGGGAAACACAAAAAGUGGCCUUUGUAGACAGGUGGUCUUUGUAGACAGGUUCCUUUAGUACAUUAUUCAAUGAGAAACCAUUUUCAAGGGAAACAACAAAUUUGGCCUUUGUAGACAGGUGGUCACUAAAGCAGGUUUGACUGUAUUAUAUUUCUUUGCAUUAAAGAUAUAUACAUGUACAGAUAAGGCAUACAAGUUAUCGUAUGUACAUAGGUAUCAAAGGGAGGGUGGAUAAUUCCUACUUAUGUACGCACUAAUGUUUGUUUACCAGUAUGUCAUUUGUAAGCGGCAACUAGCAAACAUGCCAAUCAUGUCACGCAAAGUGCAAAAAAACAAAAUAUUGACUAGCAAAGACUUGUUAUUGACAGAAAUUGCUCCUACAUCGAGUUAUAGGGUCUUUAUGAUAUGAAAAGAAAACACAUGGGCAAAUAAUGGAAGGUUUUCACAUUCCACAAUGAGAAAUUUCUCUUUCUGUGGCUAAACAUAGAAAGUAUAGCUUGAAAAUCGCUUUUCUUUUCUUUUAAGAUAUUUUUAUCUUCUGUCUGUCUUUUUGAACUGUAUUCACCGUAAUGGAUGAUUCAUAUCAUUUAUGAAAGGAUGUUUUGAAAUACAAAAAUAUUUGUUACCAGUGAUGAAAAUUUACUUUGAGGAGUUGCAAACUGUGUAAUGUCUAUUCCAUUUUUUUUUCCAGGAAUUAAAACUGGCAAUUAAUGAUACUAAUAAAGUACAUUUACUUAAAAUAAAUAUGUGCUAGAUUUGUACAUGGGUUUUCUAGAAACAUGUUGUAGUUUGCCAAAUAUCAGGGGCAGAUCCAGGCACAAUACAAACAAAUAAAAUAAUAUUAAGAGGUCUAAUUUUUGUGUUGUGUACUUGGAUGUAUUUCAAGUGGGUUCCAGGAGAUGGGACAUGGACCGAUUGUGCCCUAUUAAAUUGCUUCCGCCCUUGGGCAGAAUUAUUUUUAUCUCCUGUUCAUAGUGUGCUAAAAGCACAAGAUUUCAGAAAAUAGGACACCCCAAACAAGUUAUUUUCACUAGCCGUGCAAUAUUGAAAGGUGAAAAUACUGUAGCUGAAGUCUAGUCUCGUUAAUAAGUUCUUAAUUUCUUCAUUUUGUCUCUUUUGGUUAAGGUCUACAAUAUUUCUUUUAACUACAUUGUACAUCUUAGGGUAAACGUGAGACUGUUUCAUUAAUUCAUGUCAUGUUUGUCUACAACAGAAGCAGGCAGAUUUAAUCAUGUCUGUAAUAAAAGUCUUUUAAAAUAAUGUCAA